CGUGGGCGUGCGUAAGCUUUUUACUCGCGUAGAAUCGGGAACGAGGAAGUAAAAAAAACGAGCGAGGAAAAGUGAAGCAGAAAACUGGAGUCUGAGCUCGACUGUCAUUUAGACACUUCUUACCUCGCCGUCACUUUACUCGGAUACCACGAUGGCUAAAGCAGACAUCGCACUGAUUGGUCUGGCUGUCAUGGGCCAGAACCUCAUCAUGAACAUGAACGAUCAUGGCUUUGUGGUCUGUGCGUACAACCGAACCGUGUCCAAGGUGCACGACUUCCUGCAGAAUGAGGCAAAGGGCUCCAAGGUGAUCGGAGCUGAGUCUCUGGAGGACAUGGUGUCUAAGCUGAAGAAGCCCAGGAGGAUCAUCCUGCUGGUCAAGGCUGGGCAGGCUGUGGACGACUUCAUUGACAAACUGGUUCCUCUUCUAGAAGCUGGGGACAUCAUCAUCGACGGCGGCAACUCUGAAUACAGAGACACAACACGUCGGUGUAAGAGUCUGAAAGAGAAGGGCUUGCUGUUUGUUGGGAGCGGAGUGAGUGGUGGAGAGGAGGGAGCACGCUACGGACCCUCACUCAUGCCAGGAGGACAUAAAGAGGCCUGGCCGCACAUUAAAGACAUCUUCCAGAGCAUCGCUGCCAAGGUUGGAACAGGAGAGGCGUGUUGUGACUGGGUUGGAGAUGAAGGUGCAGGUCAUUUUGUAAAAAUGGUCCAUAAUGGCAUCGAGUAUGGAGACAUGCAGCUGAUCUGUGAGGCCUACCACCUAAUGAAGGAUGUUCUGGGGAUGGACCACGAUGAGAUGGCACAGGCUUUUGAUAGCUGGAACAAGACGGAGCUGGACUCCUUCCUGAUUGAGAUCACAGCCAACAUCCUUAAAUACAGAGACACCGAUGGCGCACAUCUGCUGCCCAAAAUCCGGGACAGCGCUGGACAGAAAGGCACGGGGAAGUGGACGGCCAUUUCCGCCCUGGAGUACGGCACGCCCGUCACUUUGAUUGGGGAGGCCGUCUUCGCCAGAUGCUUGUCGUCUUUGAAGGAUGAGAGGGUUCAGGCCAGCCGCAGCCUCUCAGGACCGCAGGGGGUCAAAUUCAGCGGCAACAAGGCUACGUUUCUGGAGGACAUCAGAAAGGCCCUCUAUGCCUCCAAGAUCAUUUCCUACGCUCAGGGCUUCAUGCUGCUGCGGCAAGCGGCCAUAGAGUUCGGCUGGUCGCUUAACUACGGCGCGAUCGCUCUGAUGUGGAGAGGAGGGUGCAUCAUCAGAAGCGUUUUCUUGGGUAAAAUCAAAGAAGCGUUCGACAGAGACGCUGAGCUGCAGAACUUGUUGCUGGACAAUUUCUUCUGUGAUGCUGUGCAAGACUGUCAGGAGUCCUGGCGCAGAACGGUUGGUGUGGGAGUGCAGCACGGCAUCCCGAUGCCCUGCUUCACCACAGCUCUGUCCUUCUACGACGGUUACAGACACGACAUGCUUCCUGCCAACCUGCUGCAGGCCCAGAGGGACUAUUUUGGUGCUCACACAUACGAGCUGCUAACUAAACCCGGACAUUUCAUCCACACCAACUGGACGGGCCAUGGUGGAAACGUCUCCUCUUCCUCCUACAACGCUUAAUCUUUACAUCACUCCUAAACACAAAUGAGAUGGAAAAUCAAGGUGGUGUUUUCUGCAGAAGACAUGCUACACGUUCCACCUUAAGACCCGGACAAUAGAAUAACUUCAUCCAGCUUUUGACAUCAGAGACUUGUCGUUUUAUUUAUAAAGUGUGACCAGAGAUUACAUGCAGUUUCAAGUCUUUUCUGAAGUAGCAAGUCAGUAGAGAGGCUGUGACUCAGGUGGACAUUAGUCUAAAUCACCUGUUGUUGGGCUGAGUGUUCAGAGUAAACACUGGAUUAAGGUGAACACUGCACCCUGCUUUAACAAGCUAAAUAAAGAUUUGAAUCCCUUCAUAA